AUUUCCUCUUGGCUGAACAAUUAUGAGCGCUUUGGCACGGCAACUCGUUCGCACACCCGCGCUCUUUGCACGAUUGUCACACAGCCAACCUUCCACCGCCGUCUCGGCCGUCGCUGCUGUUCGCGCGUAUUCCACGGUCCCCGUGCCUUCGCCCCCAGGGACUGAGAAGCCCGUUUCGCCCAAAGUCGCUGCGCUCGCAGACUCGAUCGUUGGUCUCUCUCUGCUCGAAUCUGCAGAGCUCGCUGGCCUGCUGAAGACUCGCCUGAACAUUAAGGACGCGCCAGUGUUUGCCGCUUCCGCCGCCCCAGCAGCUGCCGCUGCUCCCGCUGCUGCCGCCGCUGCUCCUGCUGCUGCCGCUGCUGCCGCUCCUGCUGCUGCCGCCGCUGCCGAAAAGAAGGAGUUCUCCGUCAAGCUGGCUGCUUUCGACGAGAAGAAGAAGGUCAGCAUCAUCAAGGAAGUCAAGAACUUUAUGCCUGCAAUGAACUUGGUCCAGGCCAAGAAGUUUGUCGAGUCCGCCCCACAAAUGAUCAAGGAGAACGCCACCAAGGAGGAGGCCGAGAAGAUGAAGAAGGUUCUCGAGGAGGCCGGCGCCACCGUUGUUGUUGAAUAAAAAAAAAAAAAAAAGUACAAUAAAACUGUAAAACCAAG